GCUAAAGAAAAAAAAAAGUUAUAUGGAAGAACUAGAUAUACCACAAUAUUUUUUAUGCCCUAUAUCAUUACAAAUUAUGAAAGAUCCGGUAACAACGGUCACCGGGAUCACGUAUGAUCGAGAAAGUAUCGAAAUGUGGUUGUACACGGCAGAGGAAGAGGUGGUGACCACCACGUGCCCGGUGACAAAGCAAUAUUUGCCUAAAGACAUCGAGUUGUUGACUCCAAAUCAUAUGCUCCGACGAUUAAUUCAAGCAUGGUGCAUAGUCAACGCGGAAAAUGGCGUUGACCUAAUCCCAACGCCAAAGUAUCCGAUGGAUAAAUCGAAUGUACUUCGAUUAAUUCGCCAGGUAAAUAAUAGUAAUAAUAAUAGUAAUAAUGAUCAACAACUUUGUGUUAAUGCUUUGAGGAAAAUGGAUGAUUUAGUUAGUGAAAAUGAGAAAAAUAUAAAGUGCAUGGAGGAAGUUGGUGCAAUUAAGGCUAUUAUUGGUUUUAUUGUGAGAAGUUACAAAAUUAGGAAAUUAUUAAUUCCUGGACUUGAAGAAGCUUUAAGGAUUUUUCAUUCAAUUUGGAAUCCAUCACAUGAAGAUCACAAGAAUCAUGUGAAGGAUAAUCAUGAUUUAGUCAAAGCUAUUUUAUGGAUUUUGAAAAACGAAACGAAAAACAACUGUCACGAUAAUGUCAUCAAGACACAUGCAAUGAUGGUCUUGAAGGACGUGAUAGAGGUCUCUAGUUCAAAUCUUCUAUCAGGAUUAGACUCAGAAUUCUUUCAGGAAAUAGUGCACACAUUACGAAAAAACAACAGGACUUACAUCUCCCAGCAAGCAACCAAAGCAGCCCUACAAGUGCUAAUAGGCGUAUGUACGUGGGGGCGCAACAAGCUUAAGAUCAUCGAAUCAGGAGCCAUAUUCGAGCUCAUCGAGCUCGAAUUAACUAACCCUGAGAAAAGGGUUAGUGAAUUAGGGUUUUGUCUAUUGGCUAAUUUGUGUGUUUUGGCUGAUGGGAGGGCAAAAUUUCUGGAACAUGCAGCUGGAAUUGCAUUGGUAACAAAGAGGACAUUGAGAAUUAGUGCAACUAUAGAUGAUAAUGCAAUACAAAUAUUUGGUUUAAUUUGUAAAUUUUCAGCCACAAAAGAAGUUUUAUUGGAGAUGUUGAGAGUAGGGGGAGUGUCAAAAAUUUGUAUGGUAAUGCAAGCAAAUUGUGAAAUUCAUUUGAAGAAAAAAGCAAGAGAGAUAUUAAGAGCACAUUCACAUAUUUGGAGUAAUUCUCCAUGUAUACAAAUUUUAUCUUUUGACAAGACAAUAGAAUAGA